CAUGGUGGCCGGAAGUAUGUAGAGUUAAAACUUCACUCUGGAAUUCCUUUGCAAUUAGAGCCGCUUGUGCUUUUUAAGACAGAAGCAGUAGUAAACGGAAAUAGAUUUAACUGUCUUAAAAACCAAGUGGGGUUAUUUCACCGCCCUACGCACAACGGAAGCCACGGAGGAGCGACGAGGGAGCAUACUGUAUAUGACAGAAGUUGGCAUAUGCCCGGUGAACCAGCAUUGAGGUGUGAGGCUGACUCUGGAGAUGGGAGCCAACACCAGCCUGCUCAGUGACCUGCCCGACAACCCCAGCCUCAAGGCUUUGGUGGGCACGGAGUCCAUAUCGGAGAACGACCCCUUCUGGAAUCAGCUCAUCUCCUUCACUGUUAUUAGUCCAACAAGCAGUGCUGACUCCAAGUUGCUGGAAGAAGCUGUUUUACCGCUGGCCAAGCUCCUAAUUGAAAACAAUCCCAGAACAGGGAACUUUGGUGCUCUGGUGAGAAUAUUCCUGGGAAGAACCAAAGAGCUGAAAAUCUCCACAGAAUGCCAAGAUCAACUGUUCAUUUGGCAGGCGCACAAUGCUCUCUUUAUGAUCCGCUGCUUGCUCAAGGUGUUUAUCCGGGAGAUGAGCGAGGAGGAGCUGCAGUUGCAGUUCAGCUACCAGGAGAGGGCGCCAGGCUCCUGUGGCGAAUCGGGCUGUGAGGAUCUCCUUGAGGAGCUCUUGGCCAACCUGGUGCACCUGAUUGUUGAAGUACCCCUAUUGGAUAUCACGUACAGCAUCCUGUUUGAAGCCGUGACCACCUUGCUGGUGUUCUUCUCCUACCAGCUGUUCUCCAAAGACAUCCUCAGAGACUGUUUAAUCUACCGGCACAUCAUGAAGGGGCGAUGUUUGUCGCUGACUAGUCGCCUCGUGAAGACGCUGCUCUAUAACUUCAUCAGACAAGAAAAAUGUCCGCCCCCGGCAACCCACAUCUUUGAGCCAAAAGCUGAGGGUGGCCUGCUUUAUGGUCUGGCGUCCGGAGUGGCAAGUGGUCUGUGGAGCGUCUUCACAUUGGGGGGAGCCGGCAGCAAGGCAGGCGUAGAGCAGGAACACAACCCCUUACCUUUGUCCAAUCAGAGCCUUUUGUUACUGCUGGUCCUGGCCAAUCUGACGGAUGGGCCUGAAUGGCCCAACCCUUAUCGCCAGGCUAUUACUUGCUUCAGAAACACGCAAGACACAUCGUCAAUUCCUGUGGAGCAAGCUCACACCUUCCAGAUCAAUUUCAACAGCCUGUACACAGCACUGUGUGAGCAGCAGUGCUCCGACCAGGCUACGUUGCUGCUGUACACUCUGCUCCACCAGAAUGCCAACAUGAGGACCUACAUGCUCUCUAGAACCGACAUGGACAAUCUGGUGUUGCCCAUCCUAGAGAUCCUUUACCAUGUUGAGGACAGAAACUCCCACCACGUCUACAUGGCCCUCAUCAUCCUCCUCAUCCUCACAGAAGACGACGCCUUCAACCGCUCCAUCCAUGAGGUGGUAUUAAAGAAUGUCACGUGGUACUCGGAGAGGUCGUUGACCGAGAUCUCCCUCGGCAGCUUGCUCAUCCUAGUGGUGAUUCGCACGAUCCAGUUCAACAUGACCCGCACAAGGGAUAAGUACCUACACACCAACUGUCUGGCUGCCCUUGCAAACAUGUCAGCCCAGUUCCGAUGUCUCCACCAGUACGCUGCCCAGCGCAUCAUCAGUUUAUUUGCUCUCCUUUCCAAGAAGCACAACAAGGUCCUGGAACAGGCAACACAGAGUCUAAGAGGCAGACAGGGAGAGAACACCACCCUGCCCGACUAUGCUCAGGACCUAAACGUGAUUGAGGAAGUGAUCCGCAUGAUGCUUGAGAUCAUCAACUCUUGUCUUUGCAACUCCCUGCACCACAACCCCAACUUGGUGUAUGCGCUGCUCUACAAAAGGGAGCUCUUCGAGCAGUUCAGGACGCACCCUUCCUUCCAGGACAUCAUGCAGAACCUGGACACGGUAAUUGGGUUCUUUAGCCAGCGUCUGGAGCAGGCAGGAAGUGACCUAUCAGUUGAGAGGGUUCAAGAGGUCAUCAUGAAAGGAGCCCAAGCAUUGCCCAAAGACCGGUUGAAGAAGUUUCCAGAGCUCAAAUUCAAGUAUGUGGAGGAAGACCAGCCAGAGGAUUUCUUCAUCCCGUACGUGUGGUCGCUGGUCUUCAACUCUGGAGUGGGACUCCAUUGGAGCCCGCAUGGCAUCGAGCUCUUCAGCAUGGACUCUGGCUGAGCGACCACAAGCGUGUUCGCCCUUGUACAGACUGACAGUUUGUAUACCUGCGUGCGUAUGUAUGUAUGUGUACGUGUGUGUACGUGUUUGAGAGGGAUUGUGUGUGUCGCUUUUUAUAGGACGCUGCUUUGGAAGUGCCUCAACCUUGCGUGGAGCAGCUUUGCAGCACAACCUCUAUUUCCCGAACCAAAACAAUUCUUUUGUUUCUCCACUGGGAAUCUCCACAGUGGCUCGGCCUGCUUUAACGGUACACGUAAAGCUAAGUCAUCCCAUCUAGGGGGCGCCAUGGAGUCUGAAGGCGAAUAAUCCUAUUUGGGUUUUUCCUGGAAAAAAAGAACAGGUCAGUUAACGCAUACGCACACUUGGAAUAACUUACCGUAUUUUCGGGGCUAUAGAGCGCACUGUUAUUUAAGCCACACCUACCAAAUUUUAGAAGAAAUAAUUUUUUUUACAUAUAUUAGCCGCACCGGACUAUAAGCCGCAGAUAUAUACAUGUACGAAAGAUUUUGUAAAUAUUUAUUUACAUACCUUAAUUGUUUCCAAACGGUGCCUGUCACACGGCGGAAAAAUGGCAGAUCAAACAAAACAGAAGUCAUCGUCAUGUACCCACUAGCUGCGGAAGCUAGCUCUCCAUUAAGCUAAGCAAACUCAAUAACACCACGGUGACGUUUUGGUGAAUUUACAAAACUGAAACAAUACAAAAAGAAUGUUAAUAAUACUAACAGAGACACUCGUAAACGUUCUAAUGACGCUAGCUGGAUUACAUUACAAUAGCACGUGCAAAUAUGUAUGAAAACACUCCGACAACAUCACACAUGGGACGGUUUAGUAAGUAUGAUUUUUUUUAGUUAUAAUAUAAAACUUACAAACGUUUCUUGGAGUGAUGAAGAACCCUUUCGAGCAAAAACGCUAUGGACGAAUACUUCCAGUUCAAGGAACGAAAAAGGAAGUACAUUUUCAACCUGCAUCACCUACAGUGAGCAAACUCGUCCAAAAGAUGGCGCCAUAGCACAAACAGUACCACAACUUUUCAGUGUGUCCGUCGGUGUUCCAUGAAAACUAUUUGUUGAAUACAAAACAUUACGGCCGUUAGCGAAGACGAAUCCAUAAAUUAGCCGCACCGUUUUAUGAGCCGCAGUUUCAAAGCGUGGGAAAAAAGUAGCGUCUUAUAGUCCGGAAAAAUACGGUAUUUACCAAUGCACUGACAAUAUAUAGGACUUAUUACAUAACUAUGCUGUGAAAUACCAAUUUUCACUUUUGAGAAGCUGAUCAUUUUGCUUUUUAUAAGCACACCCUGUUACAAGGAAUUAUUAGGGCCACACUGAAAAUAGAAAAUUAACAAUUGGACCUGCAAGACUAGAUUUGAAAUAUUGUGAAAGUUAAAGAUGAUUUAAAACAAAUAAAGAAAAAAGCCAAAAUAUAACAAUAAAAUCAUAAUGUUUGCCUGAAGAAAUGUUCGAAUACUACCAAAAGAAAUUUUUAAAGGAUUGUGCAUUUAAAAAUAGUCAUAAUAGUAUGAAAACAUCGGUGAAGUAUUUCGGUAAUAAUAAGUCAGAAUAGUAGUGGGAACACAGUUGAAAUAUUUCAAGAAUAAAACCGUAAUUGUCUUAAAAUAAAACAUGGCAUAUUACGAGAAAAUUAGUUAAAAUAAGUUGUGCCAUUACGAAGCAAAGUUGGGAUAUUACUAGAAUAGAAUCUGAAUUUUGCGUUGACAAAAUGUUGGAAUAGAAUGAGAGCAAAGUUUAUGUAUUACAAAAAAAAAAUCAUAAUUAUGCGUUAUGUCAAAAUAUUACAAGAACAGUCACAAUAUUGCAAGAAGAAAAUUAUAAUUUUGUAUUUUUUUUUUAAAUGGAUAAUGUUAUGAAAUAAAAGGUUUUAUUUUAUGUAAUUCUUAAAAAAAGAAAAAUUAAUUGGCAUACAUUACUACAAUUAUGUUCCCUGGUCAAAUUAGACUUCAAACACAGACAUAUUUAAAAAAUAUUAUUAAAACAUCUGACAUGACUCCUGAUAACAUUGCUCUUUUCUAAAAAUACACAAUAUUAUUCUCAUAUAAUUUACUUAAAAAUGUUUUGAUGGUGAUUUUAAAAUGUGUUUUUCUUUUCGGUGUGGCCCUUAUACUCCAAUCAAUCAAAAUGUAUUUAGUUUGUAAAAACAUUUUUGGUUUGUAAUGUUAAAAAAAAAAGAAAAUAAGUACCACCAGGUUUGAAUUUAAUAGCCUGCGCUAAUGUUUGAUUUCAGUUUAGUUCUGGUACAGUAGCAGUCCUUCCCCACUCGGCCUCAUUUAAUUGAUUUUUACCUUCAUAAUCCAUUUUAUUUCCAGAGACAAAGCAACUGUCUCACCUCCUUCCCUAUUGUGCUCAUUCAUUUUGUCUCUGUUUGCAUGUUUAACUAGAGUUGAACUAUUUAUUUUCAUGUCAUUUUUUCAUAGUUGAUCUUCAAAUGUUAAUGGUAGUUUUGAUAUUACGUUGAAAGAAAAGCUUCAACAUUUAUGCCUAUAUAUUAUUAUACUGCUUACUGAACAUACUUGGUAACAUGGCAAGAGCUGAACAGUGCUUUAUUGAUAGGGAUUUAAAUAAAAAUAUUAUAUCCAAGCAACUUUAGUGUCUAAGUA